UUACAGUGUAAGAAUCCAUAUUUACCUUUUUUCGUCCAGUUGCUCUACUAAUUUCAAGUGGAAUCCAGUAGUUUUUUCUCAUAAAAAUGGCUUGUUGUUUGUAAAAUAGUGUAAAACUAACAAUAUCAAUCAGUGGCAUUGACUGCAAUACUUAACUGAUCGUUGUUCAUGAUAUAGUGAGUAAUAGAUAUGUACCAUAUGGGUCAGCGGGCAAACCAAGCCUCAUAUCCAUUUGGAUAACCUUUAAACAUCUGCUGGGCAUGUCAGUAGUAAUUGUUGGAAUGUUGUAGUUCUACUGGAAGGAACCCUGAAAGUAUGAUUAAUCAUUCACUUUUUACUUUGCUACUAUGUUUAAGUGGGCUGUAAUGUGGAUUGAUAUAUUAGCACAGUUAAUGUGAACAUCAUGAUGGCCUGUUACCAAAUUGAUGCCCUGAUGUUUUUAAUAUAACUACCAUAUUAGUUCACUGCUCAUAACCUCUACCUUACGGUUAUAUAAUUUAACAAUUAUUCUAUCUAGUCCUAGGAACAUUCAUGCCACAAAAUGAAGAGGCUGGCUUGUUUGAAUGCUAGCUAGUACUAAAAUUAAUGGAGUUCAUCUAUACAAAAUCUUUUUAAAUCUCCAAGUGGUCCUGCAUAUUUCUUGAAGUAGUGGAGCAUGGGUUGUUACAAGAAUGCAAUUGUUCAAUAACUGCUAUAUUUCUGAUGGUUAGUUGGAUAACAAAGCAUGUGAUAGCCUUGUGACCUUGUCCCUCACAGAGCCCUAUCUAGUUUCCUCUUGGUCAUUACUCAGAGAUCAGAGAUCACGUGUUCUUGUAUAAGCUCUUUCAUGUAUAUAUACUUGUCUGUGUGUGGAUUGGAAAGCAACUCAAAUUCCAGUAUUCUCAAACACCAAAAGUUAUCUUUUUCGUUCAACUUCAAGUAUUGUGAGAUUUUCUCUCUCUUGUUAAGCAUGGGUUUUCGUUUGCCUCGUAUUGUUCAAGCUAAGAAAGCUCUUCGACAUCUUCCCGGUAUUGCUAACCAAGCAGCUCCAGGGGCCUUGGAUGUUCCGAAGGGCUACUUUGCAGUUUAUGUUGGAGAAAACCAAAAGAAGCGGUUUUUGAUCCCUGUAUCAUACUUGAACCAGCCUUUGUUCUUGGAUUUGCUCAGUCAAGCUGAAGAAGAAUUUGGAUUUGAUCAUCCGAUGGGUGGCCUUACAAUUCCUUGCAGUGAAGACAUCUUCAUUGAUAUCACUAAUCGCUUAACCAGGUCUUGAAAGAGUACUUGGACAUGGAAGAGGCUGAACAGUUUUGUAGACAUUUAGCAUUACCAUGUACAAAACAAUUUAUUUCAUCUUUUUUUCCUGCAUAGAAAUGCAGUUUGUUACAAAAUCUCUCCAAAUUGAGAAUUAGAAAUAUCAGAUCAACUGAUUUUCUAGACUCUGUAAUUCUUUACUUCUCUCUUUAGAUCUACUCUGGAAUUGU